GUGAAUUAAAAACAUUCAAAAUGCAAAAUGGUUUUGAAAAUUGAACUUUAGAUAUUUCAGAAUCUAACAACAAGCAAUGGGUAUCAAGUCAUCCAAACAAAAGAAAACGCAACAUAUCCAUAUGAUGCAAAAUGACUUAGAGAAAGACAAAAGAGCAAAAGACAUAAAUGAUGGUACAUUGCCUGCUAUUGCUGAACCUCUGCAGUCAUUGCCUUUGGAAAAUAUAAACAAAAGUUUUAUUUCGAAAGAAUGUAACGCAUAUCAUCAGUUUCCCAUUGUACGUUUUAGCCCCAAAAAAUUAAGCUCGAAGGAAAUGUUGCAAAGUCACGGAAACCUAGAUAUUAGAGAUGAUCAAAGCCAAAAUGAAAAGAUAUGUGAAGACACCUUUACGUAUCAGGAAAACUUUAGGCAAAGUAACAUGCUAGAAAGGUGUACUAUCCAUAUAGAAAACGUUUAUACAUACUGGUGUGAGGAAUGCAAAGUACCAAUAUGCGAUAAGUGUGUAGAUCAUUUGAAUCAUGAUAUAAUUGACGUACAAGAAGCUUACGAAAGGAAAAUAACAGAAAACAAAAGAGCUUUCAAUACCAUUAGCAAGUGGAUACUGCCGUUAAAUCUAUCGAUGAAGGUAAGGACACAGAAAGACAUGGGCAAUUAUUGCACCCUGUUGAAUGAAUCAUUCGGGGACAUGCUGGAAAAAUCUCUGGGGUUAAAGAAUCUGUUAGAUAGAUUUGUAUCCCAUGAUUGUGCUAAUAUUUCCAGAAAAUUAGUAAAUAACACCAAUAGCAUACUAAGUAAGCAAAUGAUGAGUACCAAUAUGCACUAUAGAAAACUGCAGAUGUUUUGUGACAAAUAUGACCAAACAGCCAACAAGCCUGUUAAAUUUCUCCUUUUUCUGUCGAGGAAACAUUUUCCGAAAAAUGUACCCAAAAAUGUGUCAAAAUUGGAUCUAACGUCCUUUGAUGAAAAGUCGAACAAAGUUGCAAUGGUCCAAAUACUUGCAGAUUUCAUUAUCAAAGAGAACAAAAUGAAACAUGCGCCAGAAAAUAUAAUGCACCAGCUAACUCUUGUUUCUUCAUUUCAAAUGACAGACAUUAACCGUGUAUGUCACAUUAACUGUGUUACUCCAACACAGGUAUGGAUCAGCGAUUAUAAAUACAAUCUUAUACUGAUGGAGAUUAUAGAAAACAAGCUAUCUGUAGCUCACCGAGUUGGUGAUGACUCUUGGGGACUCGGUGUGUAUACGGUGUCCGAUACUGGCGACCUGAUUUACAUCGACAGAGGAUCAGCUAUCAAAAAGCUGUCUUUAGAUUGUAGAACAAAUGAACGCUUAUUUACGAUAAAAAAUGAUUGGCGACCACGAUGUAUAUAUUACUCCCACUUCAAAAGAGACCUGCUCAUAGGCAUGUGGAAAGAAAAGAGAUGUAGAGUAGUGAGGUAUGAUAUUUCGGGUCAAAAAAUCCAAAAUUCAGAAAACGAAAGUCCGACACUAUAUAAAUAUCCUGCUUACAUAACAGAAAACUGGAACGGGGAUGUCAUUGUAGCAGAUUUGGAUAAACACGCACUUGUAGUAACUGAUCAAAAAGGUGCUUAUCGAUUUUCCUAUGAAGGUCCUCAAAAUGGAUCCCAGCUGGACCCGCGGGGAGUUUGUACCGAUGGAAUUGGUCACAUUUUAGUGAGUGACUGGGCAAGCAGUUCAGUGCAAAUAAUCGACAAAGACGGUGUAUUUUUGCGAACGUUGCUGACUGUCAGCAACAAAAACAAUCCACCAUAUGGGCUAUGUUAUGAAGAAACAAACCACUUUCUUUGGGUAGGCUAUGAUAACUCUAGUAAAGUGACAGUAUUUAAAUAUUUGAAUUAAACGAAAAAUUGCUAACUACCAUUCCUUUCAUUUGAUAAUUACGAUUACUAUAGUAACUUUACUACUAGUCAGUUCAGCUAACGCAGAAAUUUGGUAACAGAAAUGCUGUUCAUAAGGUAUCAGUUUAUUUAAGACAAAUGGAUUUUGUUGUUGCUUGAACUUUUUAAAUCAAUAUGUUCUCACAAACACUGCAUAAAUUAUGAUUUUUGUUGCUAGUAUUGCAGUCUUUAAAUUUAAGAUAUCUAUUUCUUUUAGCAUUUGUGCUAUUUUCAUUUCAACAUUGACAUAGCCAAAAGAGCAAUAUGGUUCAAUAAAGUAUCAGUUUAACUAGCUAUUGUAUGCUUUUUUAAAUCAUACUUUCAAAUGAAGAAGCAAUGCUGCAAAAAAUCAGAAUUGAUAUUGUAACUGUAGAAAUGCUAAUAAAUAUUUAUUUAU